GGCACCGUGUCGAGCUCUCCACUGCACGCCAUCUCUCCGGUUCACACGCCAUGCAAACCCGAAGGCAAAAUGCUACGUGACUGGCAUGGCGUAGAAUCUCAGAAAUCCGUCGCGUGUCUGCGUUCCUCCUGCUUCCUAUAGCCUAAUCUCCUGCUGACGUCUUCGGGACACUGCAGAACAGCGUCGAGAUCUCAGGGAAUACAUCAAGAGUUAGCACUGACUGCGCCCUGAGUGGACCGUACCAGCAUGCCAGAGCAAAGCAAUGACUACCGUGUGGUGGUGUUCGGGGCUGGAGGUGUUGGCAAGAGCUCCCUGGUCCUUCGUUUCGUGAAGGGCACGUUCAGGGACACGUACAUCCCCACGGUGGAGGAUACGUACCGGCAGGUGAUCAGCUGUGACAAAAGUGUGUGCACAUUGGAGAUCACUGAUACGACAGGCAGCCACCAGUUCCCAGCAAUGCAGCGCCUGUCCAUCUCCAAGGGUCACGCGUUCAUCCUGGUGUACUCUAUCACGAGCCGCCAGUCACUGGAGGAGCUCAAACCUAUCUACCAGCAGGUGCUGGCUAUUAAGGGCAACGUGGAGGGCAUCCCAAUCAUGCUGGUGGGCAACAAGAGCGACGAGAGCCAACGUGAAGUCGAGACCAAGGAAGGGGAGGCGCAGGCCAACAGCUGGAAGUGUGCCUUCAUGGAGACAUCAGCUAAGACCAACCACAAUGUCACCGAGCUCUUCCAGGAGCUGCUCAACCUGGACAAGAAGCGCGACAUGAGCCUCAACAUGCGUUCCAGCAAGCAACGCAGGGCUGACAAGCUGAAGGCCAAGUGCAGUGUCAUGUAGAGAUGGUUCAAGUGGUGGAGAAAGAAGGAGCUGAGUCAUUUCAACAAUGACAUGACUGGAUGAAAAUGUACAAAAGUCACUCAUCACAUUAGUCCCAUUUCUUUGGAUCUGAAUCAGGUAUUCUUCGGUGCACGGUUGACCAACCAGACUCUUUUCUCUUUUCAUUUAUUCUCUUCGAUGGUUUAUUUAGCUCCUGUAACAACCACUAGAAUCAAGGGAAGUCUUAAAGUCCCUCUACCAUCCGAUUGAGUUGACUCGGACAUCUUCAGUAUUAACUCUGUCCUUCUCCCCUCUCCACCUGCUCAUGUACAGCUUUACUCAACAAGGUUUGUUUUCAGGCGGUAACAAAAACCCUCAUCAUCAUCAUCAUCAUCACGGUCAUGAAUAGGGCUUUGUGUCUUGUAAAGGAUUUCAUUCAAAACUCAAAUAGAAAAACGUCUUGAACCGGUUAUGCACUUUAUCAUGUUCUCAAUGGGCGAAUGAGACCACAAGCGCAACAAGGUGACCGCAUUAUCCAGCUCUUCCAAAUUAGACAUUACAACAGCACAAAAGCAUGUUAGAAAUUAAAAGAUUUGGGUUCACAGACUUUUCUUUGUUGGCUUUGUAAUAGUACAAACAGGUUCGACAAGCCAACAUGAAUAGUGAACAAUGCACAUUUGAUCAUGUAGAAACUACCUUCCUACUCAUUGUGAUAAUAGAGUUGUCAUCAAAUACAGAGCUUUACUUAAACAAAGCACAGCAAAGCAGAUUUAAAUAUCGAAAGCAUUUUUUCCCCCAAUGUUGGUGGCACGCGAAAACCUGAAAUAUGCAUUAAUCAUUAAUCUAACUGAAACAUUUAACCUGUGCGUGAAAUCUAACUGUGUAUUAAUCUCAUUUGUAUUGGAU